GUUUAGUCACUCGCGCUGUGGUAUCGUCGAAGAAUUGUCAGCACCAAAGCGUUCAAGAAAAAAGCAAAGAUUAUUGAUCUGGUGACAUCAUUAGUGGAGAUACGGACUGAUAUUGCGGCCCUGAUAAGCCCAACCAUAAACACAUACUUGUUAAAUUGGGAAAAAAAUGUCACACCACAAGCCUCCUUCGGGACAAAAUCACCGCUCCAGAAGCACGACGCGGAAUCUAAAUAAUGGCCAGCGUCACGAGCAGAACAACUUGGACGUGUCGGUGCUCAAAAAGAGAAACGUUGAUUUGCAGAAGAGAAUCGCCACGCAGAGGAAAGUGGACAACACCGUUCCCAAAAGUCAGCGUCAAAUUCUUGACGAGUUGUUGGUUUCUUUGAAAGAUGAGGCGGAAAGAGGUUUGGCCAGUAGAGAAAGGUACGCAAGGAUAAAAUUAAAGCGACAAGCUCCUCCGCCGCCGCCGUUGCUGCGAAGUGACCACUUUCUCGUCAGCUCAACGCCCGAAUUGGCGAGCGAACCAUCGUCGCCGAAAGAAGUGGUUCCGAGAAGAGCGAAAUUGCGAAAAUCGCUCUCCUUGAGCGGCUCGCGAAUGUUUUUCCAAAAUUUCCUCAACACGAUUCGCAUUUCGUCCCGCAGAAGGAGUCGAUCUCAAGACUCGAUUUUCGACAUGGGCUAUUUGGAUCAAGACCAACAGGUAGUUCGGAACGCAGCGAUGAAGGCGCAGCAGCGGCGAGGCACCGUCGUCGGCACCGCCAACCAAAAUUCGAGCCACGUGCGCUCUCUGUCCGCCGAGCCGCGAAACGCCUUCGAGAGAGAACCAGAGAGCAGGCCAGGGACCCUGAAUGUGGCCCGACGGCCCGACAAACUUUUCCUCAGCUCGCCGCCCAACUCGAAAAAACGCUUCCGAGAAAAGUCGCCUGUGGUCCGAACGCCGAUUUAUUUUCCGGAAAAAAGGCACCACGUCGUGGACGGCCAUCAAAAAAAAGAGCCCGUCCGGAAGAAGGCCCAAGAGGAAAUCGAUGCUUUUGAAAAGUUGAUUUCCAACUACUUGCAAUUCUCCCUUCCAUCCACUAAUUUGUAAAGGAGUAGUUUUCUCUUAAUUGAAAUAAAUUUAUAUGUAACAAAAUCAAUUAUUAUUAUUGUUUGUGCAAAUGUAUUUUUUUUUUCUUCAAUAGAGUGAAAAUGCACGAUCCCAAUUCUCAUAAUUUGGCACAUAUGAUAAAUUUUACCAAAAGUAGAGAAGAACGCGAAGAGCCAUGUAGGCGGUGGUGAUGAGGCCGACGCCGAAAGCGAGAGCCCUCGAUGGCUGCGGCAGGGGUUUCACUGCGUACACAAAAGUGUGGACGAUUCUGGCGAUGGUGAAAGCCCUGAAGAGGUUGGUGGCCAGGCCCAGGUCGGGGCUGGUCAACACGUACAGGAAGGAGACGAACA